AUGUCUGCUUCCCUCAAAUUCUGGCGGCUCGUCUCCCUCUGUCUCGCCAACGCAUUCGGCAUCAUAGGCAUGAGUCUCGGUAUCGACGCCCUCGUCAAGUCUAACCGGCAGAAGACCAAGGUCCGCCACAGCGUACCCGCCGGCACAUCGGUGUCCCUCAACACCAACGACGUCGUCCACUCGGGCAUCGUCAACACCGUCAUCUGCGGCCUCAUCGCCGGCGUGUCUUUUGUUGCCCUCGUCACCACCAUCGUCUCCGCGUCUCCUCACCGCGCGCCACUCCGCCGCGUGUCCCUCGUUUCCUCCGCCAUCCUCCUCUUCCUCUCGACCUGGCUCUUCGCGACGCUCAUACCCUUCACCGACUUCGUCGCGAACCGCCAGGCUAAGGUCAAGGCCACGCUCGAUGGCAUUUCCGUGCCCCAGAGCGUCAUCCAGGCCACGCAGGCAAAGAUCGGGGUCACUGGCAUCUAUCACAAGCUCCUUUAUCUCCGCCUCCAGACGAUAUUCCGCUGGAUGGUGUUCCUUUUCGGCGUACUAUCGGUGGUCUUCCUGUACGCUGCGGAGCAAAGUGCCGAGUCCGCGCGUUACCCGCCCGUGGCCGGUGACGCAGCGGGUUCUAUCAGAGAGGUAGAUGACAAGCCGAAGGAGAAGGAGAAGGUGGGCGUCCAGCAGGUGUAA